AUGCAAGUGUGCAAACAGUGCCUCGUGGCUAGAAUCCAAGAAAACAAACGUGACAUCAGGACCUGCCGGGACCAGCUGCAGACCUGCGAGCGAACCACAACCCGUGUCAUACCGUCGGACGUAAUGCACCAAGUCUACGCUACAAGGCAGAAAGUAGAAGAACAAGAACGAGUCAAGUACGGCACCAGACAUCAACGUAAGUUGAACGCUCUGCUACCUGACGUACCUCCACGUGCAAGAAACACCGAAGUCGUAAACCUCUCUUCCAAAACCUUAUCAAAGGAUCAAGAAGCUGUUCUCGGUAGAGGUUUGAAUUUUGCCCCUACUAACAGUAAGAUACCACACAGAGACAUCGUAGCAGAAGUCGAGGAGAAGUUCCGUUUCAUAAAGGACACUGGUGCUGUAAACCUAGCUAGAAACCGCCUCAUGGGAGUCAUCUCGAAGAAAUGGGAGCUACCACAGAACAACUUGACAAGAAACGAAAGGCAAGCCCUACAAGAACUGAGAACGGAUAGCACCAUCAUGAUACUUCCAUCGGACAAAGGGAAAAGUACCGUAGUCAUGGAUAAGGAUGCAUACAUCAGUAAAACGAAGGAACUGUUCCAGGACAAAUCUCGCUUUGUCGAACUACCCACUGAUCCUACGCAGAAAUCGGAACGAGCAUUAGUCCAGCGCCUUCGACAAUUAAGAGAGUGCGGAAGCAUUUCUGAUACGGUCUACAAACGGCUGUUUUCGUCCGAUGGAGCAACCCCCAGAGCGUACGGCUUACCUAAGGUACAUAAGCCCGACGUACCACUCCGACCGAUAGUGUCCUUCACGGGUGCACCAACGUAUCAGCUUUCAAGGUUCCUCGUUGAACUGUUGAGUCCCAUCAUGUACAAGAAUGGACACUCUACAAAGAACUCACGUGAAUUUUGCUCCAGUGUUCGUGAUGUAGUGAUCAACAGUGAUGAAACCAUGGUGUCGUUUGACGUUGUAUCACUCUUCACGAAUGUCCCCAUUGCUCUUGUUAUCGACGUGGCCAAAGAUCGCCUGAACAGUGACGACACCCUUUCUGAACGCACUACACUUUCUGUGACCGAAGUUAUAUCCUUGUUAACAUUUUGUCUCCACGAAACAUAUUUUAAAUUCGACAACGUGAUAUAUAAGCAGAUUGAAGGUUGCCCUAUGGGAAGUCCUGUCUCGGUCUCUGCCGCGAACCUUGUCAUGGAAUACAUUGAAGAACAGGUUCUCAGCUCCCAUAUCAUCGAUGUUAAAUUCUACAAAUGCUAUGUGGAUGACACUUUUGUAGUUCUGAAACGCAAUGACGUCAUCCCAUUUCAUGCAUUACUCAACAGUGUUCACCCCAACAUCCAGUUUACCCUAGAGGAGGAGGAGAAUUCACAGCUUCCUUUUCUUGAUGUUUUAGUAUCACGUAGUGACUCAGGUGCAAUUAACACCAGUGUCUAUCAUAAACCCUGUGAUAAUGGAUCGGUUUUAGAUUUUUACUCUGACCAUGCGCCCGAACACAAGCGUGCUGCCAUCAGGUUCCUUUUUAAUCGUUCUGACGAGAUACCUAGCACGUAUCAAGCUAAGAAAUCUGAGCAGUUUUUAGCCACUAACAUUCUAUCUAAGUGUCAUUACCCCGAGCGUUUCAUCAAAGACACGGUCUCCAAAAUGUGUUCCGUCUCAGAUAACCGACCUGCCCCCGACAAUAUUGUAUGCAUUCCUUAUGUACGUGGCCUAUCAGAGUCAGUACGAAGGCUGUUAAAGCCAUUUGGUAUUGUAACCACUUUCAAGCCCCGUCAAACAUUACGCAACAUUCUGUGCCAUCCCAAGGACUAUGUGCCCCACAUGUACAAAGCAGGGGUUGUAUACAAACUGGAAUGUCAACAAUGCGAGACGUGCUAUGUAGGGGAAACUGCGAGGAAGAAGGUCACCAGAAUGAAGGAGCACAAGGCACAAUUGACAAAACCACCAGCAAAGAAUCAACGCACCGAACUUGUCGAUCAAGUGUUAAGAACAGGACAUACUUUCAAUUUUGACAACGCGACAACAUUGACCUUUGAACACAGAUGA